AAAAAAGAGAAACAAAAUUUUGUUGAAUUGCAAACAAGCAAACAAAGAAAACGAAAAGUAUUUGCAAAAAUAUAGAAUAAAUCGUGAAGAAGAAGGUGCCUUUAUAAAUAGUAAAGGGAAACAAAAUAAGUACCGCAACAUGAAAAUCGAGAAUGAAAUGAUUAUUUGUCAAAGUACUACGACUAGUACUACAUCCGAACUUACUACUGCUAUGGAUAUAGAGGACCCUAAAAUCAAGAGUUUUUGGUUUUUUAAAUGGUUAUUCAAUUGGACAUCUAGUUCAUCCAUAAUGCUGAGAGCUGUUGAAAAGAAAAUACUCGCUUUUCUUAAAACGCCUUAUCGAGGAUUCUUUGUGGACGUGGGUCCUGCAAUCGGCGAAGCGGAUAAAGUAUGGACUUUAAGCUUAAAUACAGAUUCACGUGAAGUACCGGUUGUAAUGUUGCAUGGGUUGGGUGCCGGCGUUGCUUUAUGGGUUUUGAAUUUGGAUGCGUUGUCCAAAGAUCGACCGGUAUACGCUAUCGACAUUUUGGGAUUUGGUCGUAGUUCGCGUCCAAAAUUUUCUAACGAUGCUCUUACAUGUGAAAAACAAUUUGUUAAAUCCGUGGAGGAAUGGCGUCGCGAGAUGAACAUAAGUAAUAUGAUAUUGUUAGGUCAUUCGAUGGGUGGUUUUAUAGCCUCCAGUUAUGCUCUGACUUAUCCGGAUCGUGUAAAACAUUUAAUAUUGGCAGAUCCAUGGGGGUUUCCGGAAAAACCGCCGGAAGCUUUAACAAGUAAACAAAUACCGUUUUGGGUGCGUGCCAUAGCGUAUGCACUGACACCACUCAAUCCUUUAUGGGCGCUAAGGGCAGCCGGUCCUUUUGGCCAAUGGGUAAUACAAAAAACGCGGCCAGAUAUUAUGCGCAAAUUCGCGGCAGCGAUUAAUGAGGAUCCCAAUCUUUUGUCUCAGUACAUACAUCAAUGCAAUGCACAAACGCCUACGGGUGAAUCAGCUUUUCACAAUAUGAUGGAAUCCUUUGGCUGGGCCAAACAUCCAAUGAUACAUCGUAUUAAAGACGUUCGCCAAGAUAUACCCAUUACAUUUAUUUAUGGUUCACGGUCCUGGAUAGACUCUUCCUCAGGUGAAAAAAUCAAAUCUCAACGUAACGGAUCCGUUGUUAAUAUUAAAAUAGUUUCGGGCGCUGGUCAUCACGUUUAUGCAGAUAAACCAGACGUUUUUAAUCGCUAUGUCAACGAAACAUGCAAUUUAUAUAAAACCCGACCGAUUACGCAACUUAUAAGGGAAUCUACCGAGUCCGAUGAUGAACACGAAUUGAAUUUAUCAUCGCCUACAGUCAAGAAUAACGAAGAAGAUACCGAACCGGAAUCAGUAGCAAAUCUUGAAGAGACUAUACCGACUAGAAAAUAGUUUUUAAUUGUAUUUAGUAAUAAAAGCAUUGCACAUACGUCGCAAUAACCCGCCUCCUCAAUCUGCACACAUUCAAAUGUGAGUUUGUUAAAUUAGCAAAUAUUUUUAGAGUUUUUAGCCUGUUCUCUUUAUUAAUAGUUUUAAUUAUAAAUGCGAGUACCUUUAUUAAUAUGAUAACGAAAUGUGAGCAAAAGAAAGAAAGAAACGUCGCCAUCGGCAAAAAACAAAAAACAAUUCGAAGAAAAGAAAACGAACUUUUGAUAAAAAUUCCAAACUUAUUAACUUAGUCUAAUGAUGUCAUUAAUAUUGCACUGAAUAUUGAUUGAAAUAAUUUAUGAAAUCUUACUGUUUGUGGCAAAAAGGCGCGUUUUUAUCGUUUUUUUUUUUUUGCCUUUUUUUUUUUUCUUGUAUAUAAAUUACGGUUACCAGAUACUAUCUAUCAUUAGUGAAUUAAUAAUUUUUGUAAUUUUAUUAUUUUAUAUUAAAUAAAAUUAUUAUUGAUUUCUAACACCUCACAUACAAAUACAAGGAAACAUAAUAAAAAAAAAAAAAAAUCUUUCAUAUUUGAUUGGAUGUUUCAUCGAGAUCAAGGCUUUGAUUAAGGUCCACUAUACAUACACCUACGUUUACUAUAUACGGUACAUCACUUUUGAUACGAGGUUAUAUGAGAUUUUUGCGAAUGUAUGCAACGCCCAGGAGGACUUGAGACAGAACGGCCGUUUAUUAUACCGAUCAAUUCAGAAUCAUAUUCUGAAUAGGUUUAAAUCUGUUUGUCUGUCCGUCUCUGCUGUCUUCUCGCUUUGAACAGGUUAUGACAUAUUAUCGCGUUUCAUUGUGUUUCUGUCAAUUAUAGUACUUUUUAUACCCUACAUCACUUAGGAUGCUAAGAUAUUUUAAGUUUGCGCGGAUGUGUGCAACAUCCAGAAGGACUUGAGAUGGAUCCAUCUUUUAUUACCCUGAUCGAUUCAGAAUCAUUUUCUGCAUCAAUCUAAACUUGUAUCUCCGCCUUAUUUUCUUGCGUUCAAUCCAUUGACCGCAAUUUCAGAGACACUUUGAUAAAAUUUACUAUACUGACAUGUAAAACGAACGCUAUUGAAAAAACUGUUUCGACUGUAGAAGUGUAGGGUGUUAUUUAAAAGUGAACUGCUCGUUAUAGUUUCUUUACUUGUUUUCUAGUUCUUCUAUGACUCAUUAACGAAUUUAAUUGAGUUCAUACCAGUUGUAGGAGUUUUUAAUAAUUAAAACCAAGUAAGAACAUUAUAGUUGGAUGACGCCAACCAUUACAAACCCUACACCACUUCGCCUAAUACAAAAAGUAAAGGUUGUCUUCAUGCAAAGCUAUAAUUUUAUAUAUAAGAGUUUCCGCUUCUUGAUAGCGUCCAUAUAAGUACGGGUC